CAGAUCCAGGAGGGUAACCAGUCCAGCAAACUGACCGGCGUGGAGCCUGAUCUAAUGUCUGUUGACGAACUUCAAGCCAUUCUCGACAAAGCAGCCAACGGAACCUUCCGACUGAACCUGACGCAGUAUCUGCAGCUGCUGUUCGACGGGGAGCCUGACGUCACCCUGCAACUGGGGCCGGACGCGUCGCACGAGCGAGACCUCCUGCAGGUGUACGACCUCAAGUACCUCAAGUCGCUCGCGCCCCUGCUCAACCAGCUCAGCGACAGGGAACUGCAAAACUACGUGUGGUGGAAGGUAGUUAGCACGCCGCACUUCUGCGCCAACCUGGUGAACCAGCUGAUGGGCAUGGCGGUGGCGUACUUCUUCUACGACGCGGCGCAGCUCAACGCGACGCGCGCCAAGAUGCAGGAGAUGUUCGCGGACAUCCGGUGGGCGUUCGAGGAGCGCGUGGGGCAGCUGGAGUGGAUGGACGCGGACACCAAGGCCGCCACGCGCGACAAGGCCGCCGCCACGCACUUCCUCGUCGGCUUCCCCGACUGGCUCGACGACCCCGCGGAGCUCGACAACUACUUCCAGGGGAUUACAGUAGAAGAAGAUUCAUUUUUGGACAAUCUCAUCAGCAUUUCUGAACGUGGCAUGAAUUCAACUUUGAGAAGCCUAAGAGAAAUUAACGAUCAGUCAGGGAGCUGGGAAAUUGGCCCACCAAUGGAAACUAAUGCUGCUCAUGUUCCAUACCUAAAUUCUGUUGUGGUACAGGCUGGAAUAAUGCAAUUUCCAUUUUUUCUUCUGGGCUUAGAAGCCCUUAACUAUGGUGCUAUUGGUAGUAUUAUUGGUCAUGAGUUAACUCAUGGUUUUGAUGAUCAAGGCAGGAAGUAUGACAAGGAAGGCAACUUACUGCAGUGGUGGAGUAACAAGACGGUGGCAGAAUAUGAGAAAAGAGCUCAAUGUUUUGUCGAACAAUACAAUCACUAUCGACUGAAAGAAAUAACUGAUCAAGUUGAUGGAGAACAGACACUAGGAGAAAAUAUUGCUGAUAAUGGAGGCCUGCGAGAAGCGUUUCAGGCCUACAAGAGGUACAAGACACGUCUGGGGCAUAAUGAACCAAAACUUCCUGGGCUUGAACGUUACAAUGGAGAGCAGUUGUUUUUUCUCUCAUUUGCCAAUGUGUGGUGCGAGAAGUGGACCAAGCAGUCCCUGCGCAACGACCUUCUCGAUGAGCACUCGCCCAGCCAGAUUCGAGUGCCGGGCGUGCUGGUCAACUCACCGGAGUUCUCUCAAGUCUGGAAAUGCCCUGUGGGCUCCCAUAUGAACCCGAAGCGUGACCGAUGCAUGAUAUGGUGAUGAUCACUUAAAUCCCUGGGCUGGGAAAAUUGGGUCCCUGAGUUUUUGACAAUUUUCUAAUAUGUAUAUGCAAUUAACCAUUUGAAUGGUUCCAGUGGAAAUUUUGUGGAAUUCCAUGAUUUAGAAAGUAUGGAGCAAGAAAUAAUCUUUCACAGUAUAGGUAUGAAUUCUUGGAUUUUAAAUUGCAUAAAUACAGGAUAGUUAAUCAAAGAAAAUUAUAUAUUCAAUCAGAAAAAUAGGAGCAAAAUCAAAAUGAUUCUUCCUUACAAACUGAACCUGAAAGUUAUUUUAACAUAUUUUAUUUAUUUUAAAAACUAUAAUGGCUUUGUUUGAAUCAUAGAAUGCAAAGUAAUUGGAGUUAUUGAAUGACGGAAAGCUUUGAGUCAUAAUAGUAGUUAAUGAAACUGAAAUACUGAUACUUACAACUUUUCCUAUGUAAUGAAUUCGGUAGAGUGUGGGUUAGUUAACAGUCUUUUUAAAGCACGUAUGUUUGAAAAUAAUUUGCUGAGCACUAAAUUUUGAAUCAAAGUAUAACUAGUAAUAAGCUUGGUUAAUGAAAUUCACAAUAACCAGAAAUAAUCUACAUUACACGAAUUCUCAGAUAAAAUUUAUUUAAUAAUUAGUUGUUUUUUGAGAAAUGACAAAAAAUGAAGAUUUCAGAAACAGAAAUUUUAGGAAUAUUAAUAAUUUUGCAACUAGUGUUUGGAUUAAAGAGCAUAUUUUCAUACACAGUAGAACACCAUACAAUUACCAUUGAUGGAUUCAGGAAAAAAUUAAUCAUUGCAAAUGGUCUUUUAAAAGUUUCUCCAUGUAAAAUAAAAGUUUCAAAAUUGAUCAUAUGAACAUUGAAACAGGUUUGUACUCAAUGCAAGUGUUCAUAAAUAAUUUUUAACACUUUGAGAAUCAAAAUAUGAAUAAGGUACUAAAGACAUAUAGAGUGUGAUCUAUAUGUCAUUUGCUCUCAAAAAGAAAACAUUCUUGUUUUUUAAUUCUCAGUACCCUGCCACCUUGUUGGAAAGGCAAUUCAAAGCAUUGGAUGAUUUGGAAGCUCAGUGGUUAAAGCAACUGUGAGUAAUACAAAAGACCUGGGUUUCAUUCCUGAUCAGAGUCACUAUUGCUUUAAACAAUGUAAAUUCUGUUUUUUUAUUAAUACAUUUUUAAUGCACUGACUAAAAUAGUUUUUAACUUUAGAACUGAAUUAACUCUAAUACUUUUUGCAUUGGUUGCAGACAGAGAUUGCAAAACUAAAUUGCUAAAUACAGGCUUAAAUUCACUGCUGAGUAAUAAGAUUGUUGUGGAUCUAUUUUCGGGCUGAGCCAAACUUAUCUUUUAUUUUGACUAGAUUCUCACAAAAUAAUAGUGAAUGACAGUGUAAAUUUUUUAAAACAACAACAGAAAAGUAAAGUUUUAAUAAAAAAAUAAUUAUAUGGACACUGUUACAUUUUAGUCAGCAUCAAGUUGUGCUUUUUGUAAAGAAUGAUCCACAGUUCAAUCCAUUGCACAAAUUUUGGUGCAAUACCGCAAAAAUGUAUCUUUCUAUAAAAUACAAUAUUCCACAUUCAGUACACAAGACUGAGAGGAUCGUAGAUGUAAUUGUCUGGGGAUCGAAGGGAGAAUUGUAGAUAUCUGGGUGAAGAAAAUGAUGUAAUAGAAAUUUUAAAAAAAUGGAUUCAUGGGCAUUAAAGAUUGUUCAAAAAACAUUUGAACACAGAAAGAGUGGUGAUAGGAGUUACAAUGUACUUCUAAUUAUUUUACUUGCUAACUCAAAUUCAUUUCUAAUUUUUUUCAAAAACUCAGGUACUCACAAACUCUAUGGCUCCUAGACUCAGAACCGGGAAACCUAUAAGACAGCUCUGAAUGUCACGAUAGUCUGCGGUUUACCAUACUGCAGACGCAGUUGGCAAACAAUAUUAGUGUAUACCAGAUGGUUUUUCCAUCAGAAUUCAAUAAUGGUAGCUGCAAGUUGUACAAUGUGCCCAGGUCAUGUGCCUUUAUUUAUGAAUGUGCUUGAAUACAAUUGGACAUUCUUCACUGAUUUAUGUAAUGAAGCUGGCAGUCCAAUGUCUUCAAACACUUUCACAUUUUCUGAAAAACCUGGGAUGUUUUAAUUCCAACUGUCUGUUGAGAGCAUUU